GCUGCCGGAGCUCGGCCAGACCGAAGGAGCAGCGUCGCUUCCACCCACCAGCCCAGCAGCAGGUGACCCCCUGCUCCCCCACCAUGACCUUCUCGGAGCUCGUGGACCGCGUGGGCAGCAUGGGCCCCUUCCAGCUCCUCAAUAUGCUGCUGCUCGGCCUCCCCAUCCUGGGCAUGGCCAACCACAACCUGCUGCAGAUCUUCACGGCCGCCACCCCCGCCCACCACUGCCGCCCGCCCCCCAAUGCCUCCUCCGGGCCCUGGCUGCUGCCCACGGGCCUCCACGGCCAGCCUGAGCCGUGCCUCCGUUUCGUGCAUCUGCCCAACGCCAGCCUCUCCAACGGCACCCAGGGGCCCACCGAGCCCUGCCUGGACGGCUGGGUAUACGAUGUUAACAGCCGGGGCUCCAUCGUGAUCGAGUGGGAUUUGGUGUGCAACUCCAAUAAACUGAAGGAGAUGGCCCAGUCGACCUUCAUGGCGGGCGUCCUGGUUGGAGGACUAGUGCUUGGAGACUUAUCAGACAGGUUUGGCCGAAAGCCCAUCCUGACCUGGAGUUACCUGCUGCUGGCUGCGGGGGGGUCCGGCGCCGCCUUCAGCCCCAGCCUGCCCGUCUACAUGGCCUUCCGCUUCCUGUGUGGCUGUGGCAUCUCAGGGAUUACCCUGAGCACUGUGAUCUUGAAUGUGGAGUGGGUGUCUACCCGAAUGCGGGCUAUCAUGUCCACGGCCAUUGGCUACUUCUACACCGUGGGCCAGUUCAUUCUGCCUGGCCUGGCUUACGUGAUCACCCAGUGGCGCUGGCUCCAGUUGGCUGUGUCCAUCCCAUACUUCAUCUUCUUCCUGCUGUCCUGGUGGGUCCCAGAGUCGGUUCGCUGGCUGGUGCUGUCUGGAAGCUCGAUGAAGGCCCUGAAGACAUUGCGCUGGGUGGCGGCCUUCAAUGGCAAAAAGGAGGAGGGAGAAAAACUCAGCCUGGAGGAACUGAAACUCAACCUACAAAAGGAGAUUUCCUUGGCCAAGGCCAAAUAUGGCGUGACAGACCUGAUCCGGACCCCCAUCCUGCGCCGUGUGACCCUCUGUCUUUCCCUGGCCUGGUUUGCCACUGGUUUCGCCUACUACAGUCUUGCUAUGAGCGUGCAAGAAUUUGGAGUCAAUCUCUACCUGCUUCAGGUCAUCUUCGGAGGGGUUGACAUCCCUUUCAAGUUCAUCACCAUCCUCACCAUGAGCUAUCUGGGCCGCCACAUCACCCAGGCCACUGCUCUCCUCCUGGCAGGAGCGUCCAUCCUGGCUCUCACUUUUGUGCCCUCUGACAUCCAGACCCUGAGGACAGUCCUGGCUGUGUUUGGGAAAGGGUGUUUAUCCAGCUCCUUCAGCUGCCUCUUCCUCUACACCAGCGAGCUAUACCCAACAGUCAUCCGGCAAACAGGCCUGGGCAUCAGUAAUUUGUGGACCCGCAUCGGUAGCAUGAUGGCCCCCCUAGUGAAAAUCACAGGGGAGCUGCAACCCUCCAUCCCCAACAUCAUUUUCGGCACGGUUGCCAUCCUGGGCGGAAGUGCUGCCAUCUUCCUACCGGAGACCCUCAACCGGCCCUUGCCAGAGACCAUUGAAGACGUGGAAAAUUGGUCCCUACAGGCCAAGAAGUCAUUGCAGGAGCCUGAGGCAGAAAAAACUUUCCAGAGGAUUCCUCUCCAGCCUUCUGAGCCAGGAAUGAGCUCCAGCUGAUGGCCACAGGGUACCCCCAACUUUCUCUGCCCUCCAGAGACUAAUCUCAGUCAGGCCUUUCUGCCUCGAGCCUAAUUUAUAGGUGUCUGGAAGAUUCCAAACUCUUUGAAAAAAAGUCUUCUGAGAGUUGGAUGAAGGCAAAUCCUCCAGCAAUAGCACCGGGUACCCAGCCCAGCUCUAGCCAGCUCCAUGGCUCAAUCACAGGCCAGACUUCUUGCCUUCAUGCUCCCCACACCCCCAAACCCUGCUGUUGUUCUAUCCAGACUUUCCCUCUCCGGCCACCUUCCUUUAUAAUUCCAUUUCCCCCUUGCUCUAAGACUCUCU